AUGCAGUCAACACUCAUCUGUCGUACUUUUUUGUCUCGCGAGUCGAUACGUCUCGGGCGCUUCGUUCGGAAUAUAGAUGAACCUCAAGCAGACUUCCUCGAUGCGGAGUUGGAUAUUCCUCGGAAUUCUGUUAUCGUCAAAUCCCACCUGCAUUUUGAAGAAGUACAACAAAAUUUGCAAGAUAAGUCUUUUACUGCCACGUUAUCAAGUUUAGUGUCGGCCUCUCGCAGCAAGUACAAUCAUGCGAGUACUCAGGUCAGCACUGAACAAGUCAAGACCUAUCAACUUAGCAAUUCCGGGUCGUGGUUCAGGUCAACGCUCAAAUCAGAGGCUGUCCGUGAAUGGAUCAAAGACGCCAUUGACAUGGGUGAUGACAUCUUCGUCAUAGUGGGAUACCACACAAUGACGGAUGCAAGGAUCAUCGAGGGUGUGGUGGACGCAGCCGAUGCGUCUGCUUGGCUUCAACUUCCCGUGGGAGAAGCGCUCCUCGCAGCCGGUGUUGUAGCCCCAUUGGGAGAUCUGGUGGACCCCGGGUUUGGAGUCAAUAAUUGCAGCCAACGGGGUGUUCUCAGACGGUUUGUGGCAGUCGGCGAGCAGGUCUGUGCAGUGCAGUAUCGCAAAGUCCGCUUCAAGUGGUUUUCGAGUCGCGACUUGGACAAAGUCUCACUAGAGAAGAACAAUCGGUGGAAGGUGUAUUGGAAUGUACGAGGUCAGGAGAUUGGUGCAAACGAUGUGGUGGAAGUAGACCUACAAGAGGAGUUGGAGUUGGAGGACGACAGCCAUGAACGACAUGCGUUUAGCACGGAGCAAUUUCUGAUAUGA